CUUUGGCACUCUUCUGUUGGGCGCCGAUUGGAAAUCGUCUUCGAUCGUUUGCCCCUUGGCAUAGACGGACGACACAGAACCGAGAGAGAGAGAGAGAGAGAGAGAGACAGCGCGCGAGAGAUGGAUGGCGAUGUCGAUAUGGCCGGUGCAGAAGAUGGAGCUGUCGUGGAACUGAACGACAUGAAGAAGAGGUUGAAGGAGAUGGAGGACGAAGCCGCUGCUCUGCGUGAAAUGCAGGCCAAGGUCGAGCAGGAAAUGGGUGCCGCUGCUCAAGAUCCUGCCACAGCAGCAGCAAGUCAGGCAAACAAAGAGGAAGUAGAUUCUCGUUCAGUGUUUGUUGGCAAUGUGGAUUAUUCCUGUACCCCUGAAGAAGUGCAGCAGCAUUUUCAGUCAUGUGGAACAGUGAAUAGAGUUACUAUCCGGACCAACAAGUAUGGCCAGCCAAAGGGUUAUGCAUAUGUGGAAUUUCUCGAACCAGAAGCUGUUCAAGAGGCUCUGGUUCUGAAUGAAUCUGAACUUCAUGGUCGUAAAUUGAAGGUAUCAGCCAAGCGGACUAAUAUCCCUGGGAUGAAGCAGUUCAGGGCUCGCCGUCCAAACCCUUACAUGGGAUUCCAACCCAGGGGCGCAUACGCGCCACCUUAUUUCUAUGCUCCAUAUGGAUAUGGGAAGGCUCCUAGGUUUAGAACGCCAAUGCGGUACAGCCCAUAUUUCUGAAAUUCAUAUUUUACUUGAGACAGAAAAGGUCUUGUCAGUUGAGGGAAAAAAAAGAAAAUUAUAUCUUGGUGUUGUCUGCCCUCCUCCCUUAUCAAUGAAUGAAAUUAAUCUGGGAAGAUGAGGAUGGAUAUUUGGAUGUGUCUUUGGGGGUGGUGGGGGUGACUGCCAAAGGGUUAUUUAGUCGAGGUUGCUGCUGGGAACUGUAACUAUGGGUGCUUGAUCGUACCAUGAUUUCGAGUGGUGAAUCUGAAAGCAUAUUUUGAUUUUGGGUUUUAGUUAAAUUGACUUUGUAUUCCAUCGUGGAUUCUCUGAUGAGCUUAUUGCACAAAAGAUAAAUCCCAAUGAUCUGGUUUGGGUAGAGUGUUUGAAGACGGCCCCAGGCUGCCCCUGCCCGAGUUUCAUGCAUAUUAUAUCCAUGCAUCGGCGUUUGUGUUGAUGUUUCGGGCCAAGCAAAUGUUAUUUUGACAUUUAUUUAUGAUGUUUAAAUAUAAUAUAUAUUAUAUUUAACUAAUAUUAUUCAGUAGAGAUGAACAGUAA